GCAUGGGGGGUAGGGUAGUUGCAUGAGAAGAAAGGGAGGGAGUAGAGGGAGGAGGAGGAGGGGAGGGGGAAUCUGGUGAGUUAGUGUAUGCAUGUGUGUGUUUAAGUGCGUGUGUCGACGUUGUGGCUGCUACUGCUGCUGCUCUCUCUCGCCCUCACUCACUCUCUUGGGCUCCUCCCUCCCUCCCUCCCUCCUUCAAUCACUCUCUCUCCUCGUUGGGCUUUGUUGGGCUUCCACGUCUGUGGCACCGCAGCAUUCUUUUGUCCUCCUGGAAAAUUAAAUUAAGUGUGUUUUCGGAUGCUAAUCGAGGAUCAGAAGGCCAAGGCAGCUGACAAUUUCUGAACUUGGAUGGUGGACAUCUCAGAGACACCCUUUUAGGAUACUCGUUACUGUCUACUAGUUAAUGCGAUUCUGUUACCCUUUGAGUGAUCGGCUGGUGUGAGUCGACAAUGAGUACCGAUUUUCUCACUAACAAUCUGGAACUGCUCGCAUCAGUCGGCUUGUUCACAGCCGUGUAUUUCUAUGGUUACUUCUUUGUAUUUCACAAGCUCUGGAAAGGACGCGCCCGUUACGAUGCAGCUAGUUGUGGAAUUUCUCUGGCGCAUGGGACAGUAGUUGCGGCGCUGGCUUGUUAUGGCAUAUGUUCUCAGGAAUGGGUGUUGGAUGCUCCCAACACCUACUUUCAGGACAAAAUAAUGGAGUAUUCAAUGGCAUACUUCAUUGUGGAUUUACUCAAUUAUUUUAUAGCUGCCCCGGAUGAUUAUCUCUUCAUAGGUCACCAUAUUGCCACAUUGACGUAUAUGAUAUCAUGUCGAUACUUUGUGAGGCAUGGGGCAGUGUCCGUGAUGUGUUUGAUAGCAGCUGGCGAGCUCACAAGUCCAGUGCAAAAUAUCUGGACGUUGUCUAGGAUGGCGCGGGAGGAUUCUCCAACUGCUAAGAAGAUUUACACAAAUUUAUCUCCCUUUUUCACACUGUUCUUCACUAUCGUUAGGGGAGGCUUUGGUCCUUACCUGACAUGGACUCUUGGCAAGUUCUACUUGGGAGGCCAUGCGGACAAGGUCAUGCCAAGAUGGUUGGCGUAUUGUUGGAUGUUCAAGGUAGCAUUUGCAAUCUUUGGAAGCAUGGUGUGGGUUUACAAGCUUUGGGUGGGAUUGAUAAAGUUCUACUCCAAGAAGGGUAGCUCAUCCAGGAGAAAGUCCGAAGGUCUUUUUCAGAGAAAAGAUGAUUGAAAGGUCCUCAACACCGACCCAUCUAGGACGUUAUUUCUUAUUUUCAAAUUCACUUUGGAUAUUCUAUCGUGUCGGCUCAUUAUUGCGGUAGAUGAUACUGGAAUAUUUCCUUCGCCAGAUGGAUCCAAAAAAGCUUUUGCUUCGAGCGGAGUGAAACCUGGUUUGCUUGUAUCCCAAGGAAGAUUUUAGGGUAACAUCUAUUAAGACUGGUGUAUGUAGUACAUGUGUUCUUGCAGCUUGGACACUGGAAAUAAUUGCAUUCUUGUGUUUGUCUGUCAUUGAAACGAGGCUACGAGAGUUUCUCAUUGUCCACGAUUGGUCAUCGGAGCUUCGUGUGUCGAAGAAAAUGUUCCUUGAACAUUGAAGUGGAUCACCUUGGUCGUAUUUAUGGAAGUUGUGUACAGUGCGUCAGUUCCAGGGCAAGAUUUCUUGAAGAUGCAUUGUCUGUUUGUACUUAUAGCCAGAUUUUGUAAUGACGCUUUUUAUUUAUCCCUUGUAGUUCAGUGUUGCAAGUCUUAACUUGCUCAAAUCAGUACCCUGUUCAGUAACUGCGAUCUAGUAGGUAGGAAAGGCACCGUGUCAUGUCUAUUGUUUUGCAUUGAAUCCAGUUCUUCUUCUACAAGCUUACCUGCUCACACAGGCCUUUGUGGUCUACUGUGAUGCGUUCCAACUUGUUAGCAAAGCCAGAGGGUGCAGAAAUGUGUCAUGUUGUGUUUGUCAAUGAACUGUAUUGGUUGCUUCGCCGACUUUGGAGAAUAAGACACUUUCAUGUUGA